CUUUGUUUACUCCCAGCAUGCAUUGCAUUCAGCAUCACUUUUCCCAGACAUCAUUUGAAGUUCCUGUAUGUUGUUUUUCUCUGUAUAUCUCCCCAUCCUCUCAUUCUCCUUCUCUAUGGAGUGGACGUUAUGAACAUGAGUAAGUGGUUGCCGUGGAGAAAGCGUAGCUUUUUCAGAAAGCAAAGGAAGAAGUUUUCUUUUCCUCUGUUAGAUGAACAUGAUGCGGUACAGAAAAAGACCUUCACGAAGUGGAUCAACGCACAGUUCUCCAAGACGGGGAAGACGCCCAUCAAAGACAUGUUCUCCGACCUGAGAGACGGCAGAAAACUCCUCGAUCUCCUGGAGGGACUGACUGGAAGCACACUGACCAAAGAGCGCGGCUCUACCAGAGUUCACUCCCUCAACAACGUCAACCGAGUCCUGCAGGUCCUUAAUCAGAACAGCGUGGAUCUGGUGAAUAUUGGAGGGACUGAUAUUGUAGAUGGGAAUCAUAAGCUUACUCUAGGACUCAUCUGGAGUAUCAUACUGCACUGGCAGGUUAAGGACGUCAUGAAGGAUGUGAUGUCCAGUCUUCAGCAGACCAACAGUGAGAAGAUUUUGCUGAGCUGGGUGAGAAACUGCACCCGUAACUAUAACAACGUCAACGUGCUCAACUUCACCACCAGCUGGGCGGACGGCCUGGCCUUUAACGCCAUCUUACACCACUUCAGGCCUCAUGGGUUCAGCUGGGAGGAAGUGGUUCAUCUAAGCCCAGUAGAAAGGCUGGACCACGCUUUCACAUUCGCCAAAGAUCAGCUCAACAUUGAGAGACUACUGGAUCCAGAAGAUGUGGCGGUGCAGUUGCCAGAUAAGAAGUCCAUCAUCAUGUAUGUGACCUCACUCUUCGCUGUGUUUCCCAAUGACAUCACAUUGGAUGACAUCAGAGAGGUGGAGACACUGCCCAGACGCUAUAAGGUGGAGCACGAUGAGGGACAUGCUGGAUUGGCUGGAGAGCCAGAGGAGAUGAGCAGCACACGGGCAGAGACGCCCAGCACACUGUCGGAGGUGGAGAUGGAGGUGAAUCUCGACACGUAUCAGAUGACUCUGGAAGAGGUGCUCACCUGGCUGCUGUCGGCCGAAGACAUGCUGCACAUGCAAGACGACGUGUCCGACGAUGUAGAGGAGGUCAAAGAGCAGUUCCACACGCAUGAGGCCUUUAUGAUGGAGUUGACGUCCCACCAGAGCAGUGUGGGAAAUGUGCUACAGGCGGGAAACCAGCUGAUCGCUCAAGGCAAUCUGAGUGAGGAAGAGGAAGAUGAGAUCCGAGAACAAAUGUCACUGCUCAACUCCCGCUGGGAAAACCUGCGGGUCGCCAGCAUGGACCGCCAGUCCAGACUUCAUGAGGUUCUGAUGGACCUUCAGCAACAGCAGCUCCAGCAGCUCUCUGACUGGCUGACACUGACGGAGGGGCGGAUCCGUAAGAUGGAGACAGAGCCAAUAGCAGGAGACAUGGAGGGAUAUCGGGCCCAGAUAGAGCAGCACAAAGUGUUGCAGAAUGAUCUGGAGGUGGAGCAGGUAAAGGUGAACUCCCUUACACACAUGGUUGUGGUCGUGGACGAGAACAGUGGGGAGAGCGCCACUGCUGCCCUGGAGGACCAACUGCAGUCACUGGGGGAGCGCUGGGCGGCAGUUUGUCGCUGGACGGAGGAACGCUGGAACAAACUUGAGGAAAUACAGUUGGUGUGGCAGCGGCUGCUUGAUGACCAGAGUUUGUUUGGAUCAUGGCUCGCAGAAAAGGAGAAAGCCUUAAGUGAAGUUCAGACCUGUGAAUUUAGAGACCCCAGCGAAAUAAAUGGCAGCGUCCGCAGAUUAGCCAGUCUUAAGGAGGAUAUGGCCCAGAAGCGGAGGACCCUGAGUGCUUUGUCAGAUGCUGGACAGGAUGUGAUGGUGCUGUUAAACAGUCCAGCCGCAGCUCAGAGGAUAGAGACAGACACAGACCAACUGACCCAACGCUGGGACAACCUGGUCCAAAAACUCGAGGACUGUUCCAGCCAGGUAACGGAAGCAGUGUCUGUGACCGGGAUGUCCCAGAUACAGGAGAAGUUUGUCAUGGAGACAGUCACAACAGUAACAACACGGAUGGAGCAGACCUUCACCAGCAGCGACCGAGAGCUACCACCACCCGCCCCGCCAAAAAGACGACAUCUAGAUACAGACGGCGAGCUCAGGAGACUAGCUGAAACUGAUGUUCCCAAGCUUUUGUCGCGGCUGGCUGCAUGGAAAUCAUCUGCCCGAGCUGCUGGAGACUCGCCUCUCCUGAAGGAAAAACUACAGGUCCUGGGGGUGGAGCUCAAUGAAAACGAGGGGCCGGUGAAAGAGGUGGUGCAGAAAGGAGAGAAGAUGAUUGAACAGUUGGAGAAAGAAGGUCUGUCUUCAGAGGUGGCACGUUCUGGGCUGGACUCUGUGCGUAAGGAAUGGGAGAGCUGCCAGAAAAUGAUCCAGGAUCUGAGGAAGCGAGCUCAAGUUCUAGACCGAGCGGCGGCGGUUCUAUCAGGACUGAAGGCUGUGGAUGGAGUGCUGCAGGAACAGGAGAAAUGGUUGACCUCCACUAAAGGGUUUAGAGCAAAAGACAACCAGCAGGAACUACAGACACUCAGAGAUGUCUGUGAGGCUCGGAUAGCAGAGCUGGAAAAGCUUCAGCCGCAGGUGGAAGAUCUCUGCGCUGAGACAGAACGUCUGACCGGAGAACCUGGUUCCCCUGAUACCAUGAGGCCCAGUGUGACGGCGCUGGCAUCACGCCACAGCUCAACUAUUCAAGAGCUCAAGACACGGCAGCAGGACAUCACGACAGUUUUGUCCGGGCUGGUGGGGUCCAGAGUGCUGCAGCAGAUCGAGUCCAGACUGAACACCAUCAACAGUGACAUCAGAGACAUGAGCACAGCUGAACAGGGACUCGUUAAAGCUCAGGCUCUGUAUGCAGAGAUAGAGCAGCAGAGGCUGAAGGAGUCAGAGGCAGCGGAGCAGCAACGCUGGACUGAACUCUCCACUGCUGCCCUGGACCAGCUCAGCAUGCUGCAGUGCAUUCUGGGUAGCAUGAAGGACACAAAAGUGAAGAGCGAGGAGGUGCAGCGCUGGCUGGAUGCGGUUGAGGAGCUGCUGUCUCGAGACGCCAGUGGCCUCAGCCACGGCGACAAACUACAGGAAGAGCUCAGCCAGUGCAAGGAGCUGGUGAGUGAGAUAGAGAGCGUGGACUCGUCUCUGAAGCAGAUGGCAGAGAACGUGGCGGCCGUGCAGCAGAGCUCAGUACCAGCUCUGAUCCGCUGGGGGCAGGAGGAGUUGGACGACAGGCAGAGACGCUGGGACGCGCUCAGUAAAGAGCUGUUGAGGCGUGAGGAGCGUGUGAGUGAAGGUCAGGAGAAAGUGACGAAUCUGAAGAAAGAUGUGGCGGAGAUGCGCGAGUGGAUGAUUCAAGUGGACGAGGAGUUUCUCAUGAGAGACUUUGAGUACAAGAGCCCAGAGGAGCUGGAGGAGGCGCUGCAGGAGAUGAAGAGGGCCAAAGAGGAUGUGCUGCAGAAGGAAGUGCGUGUGAAGAUUCUGAAGGAUAGCAUUAAUGUGUUGAUCAGUAAGACACCUCCUAGUGGUAGUGCUGACCUGAGCCCUGAGCUCACUGAAGUUCUGCAGAACUACCAGAAACUGUGUGAUCGUUUCAAGAGCAAGUGCCACACGCUUGAGGAGGUGUGGUCCUGCUGGAUUGAGCUGCUGCAGUAUUUGGAUGUGGAGUCUGGCUGGUUGAACACACUGGAGGAGAAGGUUCACGCCACUGAGAACGUCCCAGAAAACACGGAGUCCAUCAGCGAGGCUCUGGAGUCGGUGGAGUCGGUUCUGCGUCAUCCGGGUGACAACAGGACUCAGAUCCGAGAGCUGGCGCAGACUCUCAUAGACGGAGGGAUUCUGGAUGAACUCAUCAGCGAGAAGCUGGAGAAUUUCAACUCGCGCUACGAUGAACUGACUCACCUGGCUGCUGCACGUCAGUUGUCUCUGGAGCAGCGGUUGGGGAGUCUGAGAGAGAAUGAGACGGCCUUACACACACUACAGACGUCCCUCACGCAGCUGGACCAAACACUCACAUCUUACCUCACAGAUCGCAUCGACGCCUUCCAGCUGCCGCAGGAAGCUCAGGCCAUUCAGGCUGAGAUCGCGGCCCAUGAGGCCACACUGGAAGAUCUGAGGAGGAGGAAUGUGGGUAAUGUGCCUCCGACUGCCCCAGAGGGAAAACCUGUGCGAGGAGGAACCUUACUGGACCAUUUGCAGCGGAAGCUCCGUGAGAUUACUACGAAAUACCAGCUGUUCCAGAAACCCGCAAACUUUGAGCAGCGAAUGCUGGACUGCAAGAGGAUUCUGGAAAAUGCUAAAGCUGACCUUCACGUCCUGGACCUGAAAGACACCCAACCAGAGGAGAUACAGACCCACCUGGCUGGAUGUAUGAAACUGUACAAGAUCUUGAGCGAGGUCAAACUGGAGGUGGAGACGGUGAUUAAAACGGGAAGACAGAUCGUACAGAAACAGCAGACAGAAAAUCCUAAAGGAAUGGACGAGCAGCUCACCGCCUUGAAAUUACUCUACAAUGAGCUGGGAGCUCAGGUGACUGAGGGGAAACAGGAUUUGGAGAAGGCUUUGUCUCUGUCUCAGCGGUUGCAGAAGGACAGCGCCGCCCUGCAGGCCUGGAUGAGCCUCACUGAGGCUCAGCUCAAAGAGAAGCUCAACACAGGAGACAUGCCUGCUGAUAUUGACACAGAGAUCACAUGGGCCAACGGCUUGUUGAAGGAGUCUGAGCGCAAGAAGAGCGAUCUGUCUGUGGUCAUGGAGAACAGCGCCGCCCUGCAGGCCUUGGUGGAGGGCAGUGAAGCUCAGCUGGAGGAUCAGCUGUUUGAGCUGAAUGAGGAUUGGGAACGUGUGCACACGCUGAUCGAGGACUGGCUCAGUGCUGUCCUGAAUCACAGGCGUGAAAUGGAGAUGUUUGAUGAGAAUUUGGCUCAUAUCAGCACAUGGCUCUAUCAGACGGAGAUACGAUUGGAUGAGAUGGAGAAGAAGCCUGCAGCCGAGAAAGAGAGAAUGACGAAGGCUGUGUUGUGUGAGCUGGAGGGGAUGAGUGUGCGUGUGGACAAUGCUCGUGAUCAGGCAGUGAUAUUAAUGACCAGCAGGGGGCCUGCGUGCAGAGAGCUUGUGGAGCCCAAACUGGACGACCUCAACCGCAACUUCCACAAGGUGGCGCAGCACAUCAACACUGCUCAGGUGUCUGCUGGUCUGGAGGUCAGACAGGAUACUGUGCGGCUACAGCAGGAGGUUGUAGAUGGCAGCUCCGCUCCUCUUCUCUCCUCCUCACAGCUGCAGCUCUUUGAGUCAGACAUACAAGCUACUAUCAGAGCACUGGAACAACAGGAGAAAACACACACACCUGAUGAUGAGAGGUUGGAUGAGGAAAAAGCACAUGUGGAGGAGGUACUGAGGAGAGGAGAGGAGGUGCUGCUGUCUGUUCCUGAUGAGGAGAGACGAGAGGACAUCCGCCGGAGACUCCUGCUGCUCCAGACACGCUACAAGGAGCUUCAUAUCAUCAGAACUCAGCCAGUUGUUGAAGUUGUGUUCGAGUCAUCGUCUUCUCCUCCGCAGAGAUUAGAGUCAUCUCUCUCUCCUCAGGAUGAGAUGAGUGCAUCCGUCUCCCCGUCUGACUAUCUGUUGGACAUUAAUAAGGUUCUUCUGGCUAUGGCCGACAACGAGCUGCUCUUGAACUCCUCAGAGCUCAGCGGUGGACUGUUUGAGGAUUUCUCUAGCCAGGAGGACAUGCUCAGGAGUAUAAAAGAGAGCUUGGAGCGGUUGGGUGAGCAGGUUGAAGUGAUUAAUGAGCGCCAGCCUGAUGUGAUUCUGGAAGCUUCCAGACAGGAAAUGGCACAGAUAUCUGAUGCCCUGUCACAACUGAACUCAGAGUGGGACAGAGUCAACCGCAUGUACAGCCAGAGGAAAGGGUGUUUUGAUGGAGCUUUGGAGGAGUGGAGACAGUUCCACUGCGACAUGAACGAUCUCUCACAGUGGCUGAGCGACACUGAACAGGUCCUGGCUGACGGGAUCGGACCAGACGGAGAACUGGUUCUGGAUCGCGUUCGUGCACAACAACAGGAUCUGGAGGAGGGCGUGGCCACUCAUCAGUCUGUUGUGGCGGUGUUGAGCAGCUCUGGAGAGCACAUCAUCAGUCAGGUGUCUUCCCCUGACGCCGCUCUGCUACAGGACAAACUGGACGCUCUGAUCCGCCGCUGGAACCUUAUCCAGAGACAAGUGUCUGACCGCCAGCUCAGGUUGAUGGGUGAAGAUCCGGCCCUGAUGGAUGUGUUUCAGCGGACGGCUGAUCUGACCCAAUGGCUGGAGCACACAGAGGUUGCCGUAGCGACGUUGCCGGUUUCAGCCACUGACAAGAACCUCAGGAGAGCCUUAACGGAGGAGAUGGAUGGUCAGAAUGAGACGCUGUCAUGGCUGAAUAAAACUGGCUCUCAGAUCUUGUCAAACUCCAGUCUGAGUCCUCAGGACAGAGACAUGCAUGUGAAUAAAAUAAGGCAGAUCAACAUCAGCUGGAGUAAAGUGAGUGGUGAGCUGCUGGAUAAGGUGCGGGAGGUGGAGGGCCGUCUGCAGACGCACACACAGGUCCAGGACGAGAGCAGGCUGCCUUCACACGGCCAGUUCCAGGAGCGCAUGAACAGACUGGGCGACUGGGUUUACAUCACCAGCCAGUCUCUGAGUGACGUCACACCUACUGAGAGACAGGUUCUGGAAAUGUCCAUGCGAGAGCAGAAGCGAGAGCUGGAGGAGUUGUUGUCUUACUCUAUUGAGCUCCAGAGGAAACAGAUACUUUUACCACAGGAAAAGAGUAAAAUCGAACAGCUGGCUGCAGAUUGGAAAUCUCUGGACAUCAGAUUGAAGGAGACGCCACAACAGCCUCUGUCCCCAUGGACAAAACAAGUGGCUCAGCAACCGUUCACAGCGAGUGUGCCGUCUGCAGUUCACAUGGUCAGUCUGUUGAGCGAGGAGCGCCAUCACAGCCCAGAGCUCGUGGGCCCAACCGAUCUCAACCAGACGGCCACAGAGCUGGCGGACUGGCUCCUCCUCAUCCACCAGAUGCUCAAAUCCAGCAUUGUCACAGUGGGAGACACGGAUGAGAUCCGCACCACCAUCGGCCGCCUGCAGGUGACUAAGGGAGAUCUAGAGCAGAGACAUCCACAGCUGGAAGACAUCAUCACUCUGGCUCAAAACAUCAAGAACAAAACCUCCAACCUAGAUGUGCGCACAUCCAUCUCAGAGAAGCUGGAGAAGGUCCGUAGCCAAUGGGACAGCACACAGAACGGCGUGGAGGCGCGGCUUCUGCAGCUUGACCACAUGAUCGGCCACAGCGACCAAUGGGAGGAGCAGAGACGGAAUGUGAAGGCUCUGAUUGGUCAAAACGAGAUGCGUUUGCAUAACCUGCUGCAGCAGAGCCGAGAGCCGCUCACCAAACAGAUCAGUGACAACAAGGUGUUCCUGCAGGAUCUUGCUCGAGGACAGGAGAGUGUGACUUCCUUUAAUGAGCUGUCCAAUCAGCUUCUUCAGGAAUAUGCCGCUGAUGACACGCGCAAGGUCAAAGAGGUCAUGGACAAACUCAACACCGCAUGGAACAGCGUCAAUAACAGGGCGUCCGACCGCCAGGCUGCUUUGGACUCAGAGCUCAAGAGCCUUCAGGUGUCCCUCCGCGAGCUUGAGUCCUUCCUAAAGUGGCUCCAUGAGGCGGAUACUACCGUCAACGUGUUAUCUGAUGCCGCCCAGAGGGAGGGGCUCUCACAGGACUCCGCCCACAUCAAGGAACUGAAGGCUCAGCUUGAGGACAUCCAGGCGGAGAUCGAGGCUCAUAAUGAUGUUUUCAGGAGUGUGGAGGGGAAUAAGAUGAAGAUGGUGAAGGCUCUGGGGAGCUCAGAGGAGGCAGUAUUCCUCCAGCAGAGACUGGAUGACAUGAACCAGCGCUGGAACGACCUGAAGGCCAAAUCUGCCAAUAUACGGGCUCAUCUGGAGGCUAGUGCUGAGCGCUGGAACAGGCUUCUGUCAGUACUGGAGGAACUGGGCCGCUGGAUCAGUGUGAAGGAUGAAGAGCUGAACAAACAGAUGCCCAUCGGAGGAGACGUGCCCACACUACUGCAGCAGCAGACCCACUGCACGGCUCUGAGGGCGGAGCUUAAAGAACGUGAGCAUUUAGUACUCAGCACUUUGGAUCAGGCACACAUGUUUCUGGCUGACCAGCCAAUCGAAGGACCCGAAGAGCCACGCAAGAACCUGCAACCCAAAACUGAGCUGACCCCGGAGGAGAAGGCCCAGCAGGUGGCUAAGGCGAUCCGUAAGCAGACUGCAGAGGUGGGUGAGCGCUGGGAGAGGCUCAUGGGACAUGCGGGCACCUGGCAAGAGCAGGUGGAGAGAGCACUAGAUAAACUCCAGGAUCUCCAGAGCUCCAUGGACCAACUGGACCUGCGUCUAGCCCAGGCCGAGGAGCUCAAGGCAGGAUGGCAACCCGUGGGAGACCUUCUCAUAGAUUCUCUACAGGAUCACAUCGAUAGGACAACGGCGUUCCGUGAGGAUAUUGCUCCUCUGAAACAGGAUGUUCGAGCUGUGAAUGAUCUGGCAGGUCAGCUGACCCCACUGGAUGUCCAGCUGUCCUCCACCACCAACCGCCAGUUAGAUAACCUCAACAUGCGCUGGAAACUACUGCAGGCGGCUGUAGAGGACAGGUUGAAGCUCUUACGGGAAGCACACAGGGAUUUUGGACCUUCCUCUCAACACUUCUUAUCCACUUCAGUGCAGCUGCCCUGGCAGAGAGCAGUGUCCCAGAAUAAAGUGCCCUACUACAUCAAUCAUCAGAGUCAGACGACAUGCUGGGACCAUCCCAAGAUGACCGAGCUCUAUCAUUCACUUUCUGACCUCAACAACGUGCGGUUCUCCGCAUACAGGACGGCCAUGAAGAUCCGCCGGCUACAGAAAGCCCUCUGCUUGGAUCUGCUGGAUCUGAGUGUGGCUCAGUCCAUGUUCCAGCAGCACAAGCUGACGGUGAACUCACAGCAGCUGACCGUUCCUGAGGUCAUCAACUGUCUGACAUCUGUCUAUGAUGGACUGGAGCAGGAGCACAAGGACCUGGUCAACGUCCCACUGUGUGUGGACAUGUGUCUCAACUGGCUGCUCAAUGUCUAUGACACGGGUCGCAGUGGGAAAAUACGAGUUCUGUCGAUGAAGAUUGGUCUCCUCUCCCUUUGUAAGGGUCAUUUGGAGGAGAAAUACAAAUGUCUGUUUAAUCAGGUGUCGUCGGCGGGCGAUACGUGUGAUCAGAGGCAGUUGGGUCUUCUGCUGCAUGAUGCCAUUCAGAUCCCUCGACAGCUGGGCGAGGUGGCGGCUUUCGGCGGGAGCAACAUCGAGCCCAGCGUCCGCAGCUGCUUCCAGCAUGUGACCAAUAAGGUUGAGCUGGAGCCGAGGCAGUUUAUUGAUUGGAUGAGGCUGGAGCCGCAGUCUAUGGUUUGGCUUCCCGUCCUGCACAGAGUGGCGGCGGCAGAAACGGCCAAACACCAGGCCAAGUGCAAUAUCUGUAAAGAGUUCCCCAUCGUGGGCUUCAGAUAUCGCAGUUUGAAGCACUUCAACUAUGACGUUUGCCAGAGUUGUUUCUUCUCUGGUCGCACGGCAAAGGGUCAUAAACUGAACUACCCCAUGGUGGAGUACUGUACACCGACCACCUCAGGAGAAGACAUGCGAGAUUUCACCAAAGUCUUAAAAAACAAGUUCCGCUCGAAGAAGUAUUUCGCGAAGCACCCUCGCCUGGGAUACCUGCCCGUCCAGACGGUCCUAGAAGGAGACAACAUGGAAACUCCGGUCACUCUCAUCAGCAUGUGUCCGGAGCAGUAUGAGCUGUCUCCGUCUCCACAACUCCCUCAUGAUGACACGCACUCACAGAUAGGGAAGUACGCCAGCAGGUUGGCCCAGAUGGAGCGCUCCAACGGCUCUCUGCCCACCGACAGCAGCUCGGCCACUGGAAGCAUGGAUGAGGAACACACUUUAAUCCUGCAGUACUGUCAGACUUUGGGAGGGGAGGGCUCAUCCUUCAGCCAGCCCCAAACCCCCGCUCACAUCUCCAGGAGCCCCGCCCAUAACAUUCAAAGCCCCUCCUACCUGCUCCAGAGCCCCGCCCAGAUUCUGCAGGCUGUGGAGAGGGAGGAGCGAGGAGAACUGGAGCGAAUCAUAGCGCGACUGGAGGAGGAGCAGAGGACCCUGCAGAGGGAGUACGAACAGUUGCGCCAGCAGCACGGUCAGUCCGGCACAGGAGUCACAGCUGUUAGCGGAGCCCCUGAGGAAGCUGACCUGUUAGCUGAAGCUAAACUCCUGCGACAGCACAAGGGACGACUGGAGGCCCGCAUGCAGAUACUGGAGGACCAUAACAAGCAGCUGGAAUCGCAGCUAUACCGGCUACGGCAGCUGCUGCAUCAGCCUGAGUUAAAUGGCACGUCCUCUUCCGGCUCACUCCAUCAGGAUACAGCAGGACAGCCCGAGUUCCCAGAAGAGUUUCUCCGUCAGUGUGCUAACAGUAACUCUGAUCUGGCUGAGGUUAUGGAACAGAUUAACCACAGCUUUCCUGCAUGCUCUCCAUCAAGUGUGUCCUCAAGGCCAAAGGUGAUGUGAAGGUUUCCAGCAGAACAUCUCUUUGGAGAGCAGAAAUCUUGCGGACGUCUCUAUCUCGACAUGACAAGAAGAUUCCCAUUCCAGAGAUGCAGAUUCCUGGCUGUUCCCUUAGACAGAGGUGUUAAUCCUCGAUCCCAAAGACUCUGGAACAGAACCACACAGUUCAUUCAAUGGAUAUUACUACUGCGUCUGUCUGUACUAUGCAAGUGUACAUUUUGAUCACAUGUAGAUUGUACGUGAGGUGUAUCUGCCCAUUGUUUUAAUACUCGGAUGAUUAUUUAGGGUUAUGGGGGCCAUUUAUCGUGUAACCUGUAUGCUUUUAUUUCUCUGUUCACCAAGGAACCACACUGCUACCACAUAUCUUACGUGCAUCUCACAUCGGUUGUUAUUCAAAUCAGCACGUUGUCUUUCUACAGACGUGGUUAUUCGUUUAGUCGGAAAACGUCGUAAACAUCAGUGGAUAUGAAGAUGAAUCGCUCUCGUAAUGCUAAACUGUUAGCGCAUGUUGCCCCCAGCGUUGUUCCGUUGAAGUUUUGGCCUGUUUUGACAGUGUUUGCGGUUAAAUUUCCCUUUAAAGCAUCGUUUUGACAGUUUGUGCCACCGGCAGCAGCGCAUCCGAACCCUCACUGCAUUUCUAGAGCGCACGCACAGAUGAUGUACAACACAAAGUCAUAAUGCGUCGAAAAUGCCCUUUUGUGCCUAUAAAGCAUCCAUUCCAGGAGAGACAAGUGGCUGAGAGAUGCUGUUAUUUCUCAAAAUCAUGUAGAAAGAUUAUAUUAUAAAAACAAAUGUAGGAAAGAUUUUCAGGAUGUUUGGCCCAAGAUGAUUUAUCUUUGUGUAGUAUAGUUUUAUAAAUAAAAGUUUAAAAAAUAAAAUUAGAGAAAGCCAUGAUUGCCUUGCUACCUCAGACAUUAUCAAUCACUCAUUGGUGUGACUGUCCAUUGAUUUCGCUCUCCGUUUCCAAAACAAAACUAAGGACAUCUUCCUAUCGGUCAUUUCACGAAGCCGCACUUGCUAUGUGAGUAAGCUGCCCUGACAGUUACAUUGUGCUUUUCCCAGCAGUCCUUUCAUUUUUCUACACGGUGUAUUUGUGGUGUGCUACCUUCAGUGAAGUGUUAGAUUUUAACAUUACUGUAACACCUGCGAAACAUUGUUCUGAAGUUGAUUCUGACCUAGUGAAGUCACCGUCACCGAUGCUGUGCUGUUCUGACCCGAGAUAGAUCGAUUAAACCGACCACACUACAUGUAUUGAGGUUCCAUAUGUUUUAUUCAAAAUAAAGUUUUUAUAAUGAG